AUGGCGUUCUUUCUAAGGCGCCCGUUUGCCGUCCCGACGGCUCUCCGUCAGGUACCGAAGGCAGCCAACACUGCUCGAUUCAUCCACAAUACACCUUUCAAGUCUGUUCAGUCGAAUCCUCUGGGGCCUGCCUCGUCCUCGAUUGUCGCGCAAUCCAGAAAGACCUUCCAGAAUGCCUUCCGACGCACAUAUAUGCAACCGACUUAUGGCGCCGCUCAGAGUGGCAAUCUCACCCAACGCCUGCUGUACGGUGCGGCCAUCGUCGGUGGAACUAUCAUGGCUACGAACUUCAUUUUUAACCGUGAGACAAGAGAAGAUGGCGGCAUGCCAUCUUACGAACAGAGCUACUUGAACGAGACUUUCAUGCACACUGGACUUGGUAUUGGUAUUAUCGGUAUUGCCGCUAGAGCUCUGCACAUGAACGGAUGGUCCUAUCGUUUGAUGGCCACCAACCCUUGGUUGGUUGCCGGUGUUGGUUUGGUCGCAAGCAUGGGUACGAUGUUCGGUACUUUCUACACUUCUCCUGAUAACUACGUCAUGAAGUACGGCAUGUGGGCAGCUUUCAAUGUCACACAAGCUGCGCUCCUUUCUCCUCUGAUGUUCAUGCACCCUGCACUGCUUGCUCGUGCCGGUCUUUACACUGUUGGUAUGAUGGGCUCCAUCGCAUUUGUCGGCGCCACCGCCAAGCAGGAGAAGUACCUGUACCUCGGUGCUCCUCUUCUGGCCGGUGUGACCAUCGUGGCUCUUUCCGGCCUGGCUCCCCUUGUUCUCCCCGCUACUGCCACCCGUGCUCUGAUGUGGUCUGAGAAGAUUUGGCUGUAUGGCGGUCUCGCUGUCUUUGGUGGCUUCACCCUCUAUGACGUCCAGAAGAUCUUGCACCACGCUCGCUUGGCUCAGAGAGGUCUCGCCCGCCGGGAUGUUGUUAACGAGAGCAUCAGCCUUGAAUUGGACUUCAUCAACAUCUUCGUCCGUAUGGUCCAGAUCCUGGCUAUGCAGCGCAACAACCGGAAGUAA